CCGGAAGUGCCUCCGGUCCCGGCCGGGGGCGCGGCCCCGUGGCCUCCGCUGUUCAGCCUGGGAGUGCGGUAGAGGGAGGGGCCCCAGAACACCGCCGCCCUGUCCGGUUUCAGUGCGGCUGGGCGAGGGCGGUACCCCGUUAGGGCAGCGAUCCCACGGUGGGCAGGAAAGGAGAGCUGCAGAGGGACCCGCGCCCUUCCCCCGCUCAGAGAGGGAAGCGAGUUUGGCCAGCCGGCGGGUGAAAGCGACGUUCCCCAGUCCCAAAGGGAGGGGCGGAAUGGACGGGCCCCUUCCUCCCAGGGAGUCUGCAAAAUUCAUUGCAGAGAACAGUCGGGAUGUGUUCAUCGACGGCGGAGGCGUGCGGAGGGUGGCCAAGCUGCUGCUCGCCAAGGCCUCGGGGCCCGAGCUGCGCCUGGGGGGCUGGAAGGCCCUUCACGAGCUGAAUCCCAGGGCGGCCGACGAGGCCGCGGUCAACUGGGUGUUCGUGACAGACACGCUCAACUUCUCCUUCUGGUCGGAGCAUGAGGAGCACAAAUGUCUGGUGGGGUACAGGGGGAAAACGUACAGCGGGUACUGGUCCCUGUGCGCCGCGGUCAACAGAGCCCUCGACGAAGGGAUCCCGAUAACUAGUGCUUCCUACUAUGCCACAGUGACCCUGGAUCAGGUUCAGCACAUAUUCCGUUCUGACACGGACGUUCCCAUGCCUUUGAUAGAAGAGAGGCAUCGGAUUCUUAAUGAAACCGGGAAAAUUCUGCUUGAGAAGUUUGAAGGCUCUUUUCUUAAUUGUGUCCGAAAAAGUGAAAAAAGCGCUCAGAAGUUAAUGCACCUGGUAGUCGAAAGCUUUCCUUCUUACAGAGAUGUGACUCAGUAUGAGGGGAAGAAAAUUUCUUUCUACAAACGGGCCCAAAUCCUCGUGGCAGAUACGUGGAGUGUGUUAGAGGGAGAAGGAGACGGCUGCUUUAAGGACAUCUCCAGUAUCACCAUGUUUGCUGACUAUAGAUUACCUCAGGUUCUUGUGCACCUGGGAGCCCUGAAAUACUCAAAGGAACUACUGGAGAAGCUUCUCAAAGGAGAAAUGCUCUCGUAUGGGAAUAGGCAAGAGGUGGAAAUCAGAGGGUGCUCACUGUGGUGUGUUGAACUGAUCCGGGAUUGUCUUCUGGAGCUUAUUGAAAACAAGGGUGAAAAAACCAGUGGCGAGAUCAAUUCCAUUCUUCUGGAUUAUUACUUGUGGGACUAUGCCCGUGACCACAGGGAAGAUAUGAAGGGAAUUCCGUUUCAUCACACGCGUUGUAUUUAUUACUGAUCCAAAGUGUAAACUGACCCAAAGAAAACUCCUUGCAUUUUUAUAUCCCAUAAUCACUUGUACAGUUGUGCCUUGGUACUAAGAGAAGGUGGCAGAGGUUAUAGCAACAAGAAAAUUGAUUACCAAGUCUCACUUAAAAAAAAAAUGUUUCCUGACGUAUCACUCUGUAUUCCCAACUUUGCCUUCUUGUUGAGUUUUGGUCAUAUUUUCUCUUUCUGUGGACAUAUGACAGGAGUGUGAAGGAACUGUAAUGCUUUCUUUAAAUCUCAGAUUUCUUAAAAUGAAUCAUGCUUUAUAAUGUGAUUACUCUUCAGUGAUAAUAUUUCAUCCAUUCAACUGGUAUUUUUCCUCAAGAUGUAGUAAUUUCCUACAUACCUUAAUCAUGUGAUAUGAUGGGGGUGGGGGGGUGGGUAGGGUCUUUGCUGUCUGAAUGCUGCUGCUCUCAUACAAAUCAAUCUUGACAGCUAAUUUUAAACGUUUUAUUGGUAUUGACAGUGGGUUUUGCAGCUUAGGAUAUCUGUCUAGAAUUCUUUUUUUUUUUUCCCAGAGCCAUUAUACUGAAAUUGAAUAAAGAUUUUAAAAUUUUUUUGUAA